GUAUUUCCAAGAGAAGAACAAUUGAUAUCAAAUCAAUCAGCGCCUGAUUAUCAGUCUUUUAUGGGUAGAGAUGGCCCUGUACCUCAGCCACCUUCAUCAAAUAAAGAUUUCGAACUUGAAGCUGAACAGAUUAGUCUCUACCCUGAAACAUGUACUGUAGCGUUACAGGAAUCCAGUUCAUGUGUGGAACAAAG